AUGACACUAUGCCUCCUAAGCGUGCUUUUAUUGCUGCUAGUGAUCACCGUGGAAUACGGCGACGAUGACGACGAUGACGGCGGGGUCGCGCGUUCGUCGCGGACGCGCAUUACCGGCAGCUAUGAUGACCUGGACGAUGGGACACGUGGCAGCGGGGGAUUGGACGACUUCUGGGGGCUGGGUCAGCAGGGGCAGGGCCGAUACUGCCGGGAGCGUGGCCAGCUGGCGGUGUGCCGGCCGCCCGACGCUGUGAUUAUAGCGGAGGUAAGCGGAGAUGCGACUCGUAGCAGUGUGCCAGCCGCCCUAGGCUCUGCUCCUCACCUGCUCUUCUCCCAUCUGCCAACCUCACCACUCCCGGCCCUUACUUGUGUUCUCUCCCUCUCCUCCCUCCUUUUCUCCACCUCCUCUGCCUGCUCCCCUUCGUCUCCUCUCCUUCCAAGGCGAUCUGUGCUCGCAUCUGUUGUCCCUCUGCGCCGCAGCCGCCUUGCUGCCAGCAGCCAACCUCACCGCGCUCGCCCUCUGGGCGAUUUGGGCUCGCGUCUGUCAUCCGUCUGUUCCGCAGCCGCCCUGCUGCCAGCAGCCAACCUCACGGCGCUCGCCCUCUGGGUGCCCGAUGCCUACAUGCCGCACAUCCGCUUCUCCGACCUCUUCACUCUAACUGCCGCUGCCACUGACGCCUCUGGUACCCCCCCUCCUCCUGAUGUGGAAGGGCGGACCUUGCGUGCUGCUGCUGGGGGGGCCGGGGGGAGCGGGGAAGGGCUAAGAAGUGGUGGUGGAGUGGAGGCAAGAGGGGGUACGGACCUUGGGAAUGUCACAGAGGGAGGAAUGGGAGCCAACAGCAGCAGCACUGGAGGCGGGGGCGGCAGUGGCAGCAGUGGUAGCAGCGGUGGUGGUGUUGGUGGUGGUGGUGGUGGUAGUGGUGGUGGUGGAAGCAAGGGAAGGGGUGCGGGGCGGUUUGUGUGGGUAGAGGAGGCGAAUGAGACGGCUGCUCACUGGCGUCAGUUCCUCGCACUCACCCACCGACCGGUGACCAUCCGCGGGUGUCAGAAGCGGGGCGCCUCUCAGAAUGCCACUGUUGCCUCGCUCACGCUCAGCCUGUACCUCUCGCCCGCCUCCAUCAACUGGCUUGUGGACGCGGUGAACCCAUGUGCAUUCGAACGCCGCAUGGCGGCAUGCAUGGCAGCGCUGCAGCCCGCCCCGCCUGUGGCCGAUCUGCUCCUGCAGGAAGAUGUCGGCCGCCUCAAGUCCGCCCUUGGCCUCUACCUCGAUGCAGCGCUGCAGCCCGCCCCGACCGUGACAGCACUGCUGCUGCAGGAGGGCCUGGGUCGCCUCAAGUCCGCCCUUGGCCUCUACCUCGAUACGGAUGGCCCGGCUGCCGCAUAUCCGCCACCUCCUCUCCUUUUGAGGCGCCUCAAUAGUCACUCUGGCCCCUCCCCUGGUCUCUCCUUCUGCCCUCGUAUCACCCUCUCACAAAACUUUACUCAGGACCUCUCACUGGACGGCUGUCCCGGGUGCCCCAUAUCCGCCACCUCCUCUCCCCACCUCUGUGCCACGCGCCGCCUCGCCAUGUCCUUUCUCAAGCGCCCCUCGCUAGAUUUCGCCCUCGCCGCCCGCACCGCCCUCAACGCCGCCCAGAUUUCCGACACCUUCCACCCCUCCCGCGCGCCGUUCGUGCUGCAAGCCACCCAAUCGCGCGCUGCCACGUGUCCCAAGGGGGAGAGGGCGGAUUUGGGGAAAGUCGGGGUGGAGGAGUGGAGGAAGGGAGGUGGAGGGUGGGGAGGAGGAGGAGGUAACGGAGGAGGAGCCGGAGAAGUGGGGGAAGGAGUGGAUGGGAACGGUGCUGCUGUUGCGGAUAAUGGAGUAAGGUUAAUAGCGGGAGGGAAUGGAACGGGAGGGGGAAACGGGACGGAGGUGAGGCAGCUGCUUAGGAAGAAGAGCCUGUCACCUGAUGAUCUCAUGCUCUGUGUCCGCCUGCAGGCAGUGGAGCUGUUUGCGCUCAGCAUGACCCGAGGACUCAUCUCCCUAAAGGCCGGCCUGGCGUCGCCACAAGCCAUGUUCAUCGCCGCCCACGGCGCCGCCCGCUCCGACCUCUUCCGCGUGCAGCGCCCCGUCUGUGACUCACCGCCCCUGCUGCCGCUCACCCAGCAGAAGCUCGCUCGCUUCACCAUCAUCGAAGAGUCCCUGAAGCUGGUCUACUGCGCAAUCCCCAAGGUGGCGUGCAACUCGUGGCUCAUGUGGCUGAGGGCGCGCCUGGGCCUGCCCAACCCAGAGGACCCGCUGCUGGCACUCAACGAGAAGGAGUGGGGCUUACACGAGCUGGCUUUGGACUUCACAGAAGAACAGGCGAUCCGCCUCAUGACCCGCCCGGACUUCUUCAAGUUCACCUUUGUGCGCAACCCCUUCUCGCGCAUUGCCUCGGCCUAUUCCAACAAGCUCGUACGCACCGACCGACCCAAGCUCAAGACCGGCACCGGCUGGGGCACCCGCCAGUACUGGAGCAACGCCUUCUUCCACGCAGUGAAGCCCAUGUACGAGGCAGUCAAGGACAACACAGGGCUUGUCUCCUUCCCGGAUUUCGUCCGCCUUGUUGGCAAGCUGCUGGCCAGUCACCGCGCUGACAUGGACCGCCACCUGGCGCCACAAGAAGACAUCUGUGCACUGGGCUCCAUCAAGUACGACUUCGUGGGGCGAUUCGAGCACCUGGAGGAGGAUGUCAAGACGGUGAUCGACAGGUUCGGCGGCGAGCACCUGGACGUGUUUAGGUUCGGCAAAGGGGCGCACUUCACGGAUACGGAUCGGCGCCUCGCGAAGCUGUAUGACAAGCCUGCCACGUCAUCAUCGCUGUCAUCAGCACAGCAGGCGCCGUCUGAGGGGAGGAAGAUAUCCUGCGAGGACAUUCAGCUGGUGCAGAACCUGAUCGAGCGGUGCUUGCAGCUGUACAUGAGUCAGAGGGAGGUGGUGUCCACGCUGCAGUACCAGGCCAAGAUCGAACCAGGCUUCACCAAACUCGUUACCACCCCUUGUUCUCCACCCCUCCCCACCCGCCUCCACCACUCUCCAUCCCUUUCCACCCCUCUCUGCAACCACUCUCCACCCCUCUCCACCGCAGUUUGGCAGAAGCUGGAGGAGCAGAAUCCCGACUUUUUCCGUUCCUCCACCAGUUCAGCACACUCCACCCUGUUACCACCCCGUGCUCUCCAUCCCUCUGCACCCCUCUCCACCCCUCUCCACCCCUCUCCACCGCUCUCCACCGCAGUUUGGCAGAAGCUGGAGGAGCAGAAUCCCGACUUCUUCCGCUCGUACCACAUGCGGCUGCGCCUAAAGGACCAGAUCCACCAGUUCAGCACACUCCACCCUGUUACCACCCGGUGCUCUCCAUCCCUCUGCACCCCUCUCCACCCCUCUCCACCGCUCUCCACCGCAGUUUGGCAGAAGCUGGAGGAGCAGAAUCCUGACUUCUUCCGCUCGUACCACAUGCGGCUGCGCCUAAAGGACCAGAUCCACCAUUUGGCAGAAGCUGGAGGAGCAGAAUCCCGAAUUUUUCCGUUCCUACCACAUGCGGCUGCGCCUAAAGGACCAGAUCCACCAGUUCAGCACACUCCACCCUGUUACCACCCCGUGUUCUCCAUCCCUCUGCACCCCUCUCCACCGCAUGAGGAUGGAGAGGAGUGUGAGGAUGGAGAGGAGUGUGAGGAUGGAGAGGAGUGUGAGGAUGGUGAGGAGUGUGAGGAUGGAGAGGAGUGUGAGGAUGGUGAGGAGUGUGAGGAUGGUGAGGAGUGUGAGGAUGGAGAGGAGUGUGAGGAUGGUGAGGAGUGUGAGGAUGGAGAGGAGUGUGAGGAUGGAGAGGAGUGUGAGGAUGGAGAGGAGUGUGAGGAUGGAGAGGAGUGUGAGGAUGGAGAGGAGUGUGAGGAUGGAGAGGAGUGUGAGGAUGGAGAGGAGUGUGAGGAUGGAGAGGAGUGUGAGGAUGGAGAGGAGUGUGAGGAUGUGCACGGCGCAGCUCCCCCUUUCAUGCACCCACACGCAGCCGCUGCCGCAGCAGCAGCAGCAGGGCACCACCCCCACCACCCGCACCACCCCCCCCACAUGCUCCACCACCCCUACUCCAUGCUUCCCCCAGGCCAGCAUCCCCCCCACAUGCCCCCCCACGUUCCCCCAGGCGCGCCCAUGCCUCCCCCCAUGAUGCCCGGAAUGCUUCCCCCGCACAUGCUCCCCUUUGGCCCGCACCCCCACCCCCACGCUCACCCCCACCCGCACGCCCACCCCCACUCCCACCCUGCUUCUGCUGCUGGUGGUGGUGGCGGUGGUGGUGGUGGUGGGGGGAAUGGUGGGGGGGGAGGGAGUGAGAUGGCGGUGAUAGGGGUUCCGUCCUCCGCUAAUGCUCAUGCUGCGGCGAUGCAAGCCCAUGCACAUGGGAUGGCCCAUGCCCAUGCGCAUGCCCAUCCGCAUGCCCAUGCCCAUGCACAUGCCAUGACCCAUAUGGCCCAUGCUUCAAAUACCUCCGCUGCUGCUGGUGCUGCAGCAGGGAGGUUCGAUGCAAAGGGGGAGAUGGGGGCAGCAGGGGGGGCGGGGGCUGGAAGGGCAGAGGGGGGGGAGAUGGGGGCUCUAGUCGCGGAUGGUGCAGGCGCGGGGGGAGGAGAGGCUGUGGAGAUGGGGGGAUUCGCGGAAGGAGGGGUGGGGAUGGGGGGAGAGGAUGGAAUGGGGGGCAUGGGGGGCAUGGGGGGCAUGGGGGGGACGGGGGGAAUGGGGGGGACGGGGGGAAUGGGCAUGGGGGGGAUGCUGAAGCUUGAGCCAGUGGAGGGUAUGGAAGGGGAGGAUGGGGAGAAUCUGGAUCUAGACGUGGGCAUGGAGGAGGGGGGUGGGGAGGAGGCGUUGGGAGCAGGGGCAGGAGGAGGAGGAGGGGGAGGAGGAGAAGGAGGGGGCGGAGGAGAAGGAGGGGCAGGAAGGGCGGGUGCGAGUGAGGAUGAUGAUGACAUGGCAGGCGUGGGCGGUGCUGCGGAGCUGGACAGUGACGGGAGUGACAUGGCAUUUCCGUUUGGCUCGGUUGAUCUACCCUCUCCUCCUUCAGGCCCUCUCCUCGCUGUGGGGAGACUUUUGAGCCACAUGCUGGGGCUGCUGCCGGGCUCUCCACCUUUCAUGAAUGCCGACGAUGCUGACAUGCCAAUCAGCCCCACCUAUGCUUUCCCAUGCCUCCACUCUUCCCCUCCUGCCCCUCCUUCCCUUCCUGCCCGCCCUUUCCUCCCCCAGGCGGCCACAUGCUGGGGCUGCUACCGGGCUCUCCACCUUUCAUGA